AUGGAAACAACAAACGCCGCCAAUGUCCCGCACAGCAUCUCUUCUCGUCUACUCGCACUGCCCGAGGAGCUCCUCCUCAAGAUCUUCAAGGAGAAUUGUCCAUACCCAACCAGCAGUACCCACACUCCAACCUGCUCCAACUUCGCCGACGCCUUUGACGACUACCUGAACUCGCAUUCUCUUACGCACCACCUUCGAGAACUAGCCCUCGACGCCUUCUUCCACGACUUCGUCCUCGAGGUUAACAUGGAAUUCAAAUGCUUCGAAAACCACAUGAUGUCGUGGUUCGAGCCGAUCAUCAGCAGCUGCGGGCUGGAGGAUGGUGGCCACCGACGUCGCAUCACCAGAGCGCGAGUGACGGUCACGCUACAGCAUGCAAACUUCAAGGUCGAGGCGGUGGAGAGUGUCGCGAAGAUCGUUCGGAAGCUUGCGGUGGGGACGAGUCUCAAGGAGCUGGAUGUGGGGUUUCGUACGUGUAGUGUUGCUUUGUCGGAGAGCAUGAGGCAGAUGCUGGAGGAGAAGCUUGGGCUGGUGGCGAGGCUGGCUAGGAUCGAGAUGAAGAUGACGGUGGUAAAGGGAUCGAUGCCGUAUAGUGCGUUGCUGUAG